GUAAAAGAGUCCGUCGGUUCAUUAUGUGAAUGCAUAUUGUUUGUUAAAGAGUCAGUCGGUACAUGUGAAUGUAUAUUGUUUGUACGGGAUACAUCUAAACAUGGAACACACAAACAACUUUACAUUGAUACGUAACCAGUAAACAUAUCUCAAGAUAACGCGGGACAUUUCCAUCCGAUCAUCACUUGUACCCACAACGACAAUGAAUAAAUUCGGGAUUUUAAUCAUUACAUCUUUUGUUUCAAGUAUCACAUGUUUAUCAUGUGACUGUGACUAUCGACACAGAGACACAUAUUGUGGACCAGUACCAACCUGUCCUACGGCUAGCACUCUUGUUCUAGAUCCAUGUGGAUGUUGCCAAAUUUGUUCCAAGAUUGAGGGAGAAGUAUGUGGUGGACCUUGGAAGAUAUAUGGAAAAUGUACCUCUGGACUAAGUUGUCAGGCGUCAGUUCCCACUGAUACAUUAGGUGCAGGUGGCAACUUCGGUAAUCAUCACGAACCAAAAGGAGUAUGCAGAAAGCCUGGCGAGGUUUUGCAAGCAAGUCGGCCAUGUUUUGUUGCUCUCAAGCAGUACCAAACAGACAUACAUAUCAGAGGAAAACGACAAGCUGUAUCAAACAGACAGCCAUUGUCAACUUCAAUACAAGAGACAAAACCAACCCUGAAUAGCACAACGCAUUUACUGGUCUUACUCCCCAAAACAACGGCGAAUCAAUCCAGCAAUGGUCCAUCCUCACCAAAUUCUACAACAUUAAUGAAAUUGUUAUCACAAACCACAACAGAUUCACCAUUGAAUAUUACAACUGGAUCGUUAAAUAUGACAUCACGUGACACUAUUACCACACCGCAAUCUGGAACUUCGGAACAAAUUACCGAUGAACAAACAACCGUCACUGCCUCGUUUACUUCGAGCGAACCAAUCACUACAGAAGACAGCUUAUUCACCAGUGAAUCGUCAUCCGAGGCCUCAACAUUUACUGCAGUAUCGACGACAGACACUGAAUCAACAAGUGAAUCAUUUACCACAACGCCUGAUAUGUCAACAGAGGUAUUAACAACACCCACAGUACCAACGACAACUCCGUGUCCACUCAAGCCAAGGUGUACACCAGAAGGUUGGUUCGCUCCUACACAAUGUGACCCUUGCGUUGGGGAGUGUUGGUGUGUUUAUUAUUCAAAUGGACAAGAGGUUCCGAACACACGAAAACAAGGACGAGUGAGGUGCACGUAGUCCAUGAUUGUUUGAUAUAUUUAAACGAUGAAAUGUUAUAUGAAUUACUUUCAUUACUAGGACUGCGGUACUUAAUAUGAAGAACAUGGCAAAUACGUAUAAUUUCUUAAUAUGUAUAUAUUAUAAAGGCUUCAAUGAAUGCGAUAAAUGAUGAUUUAUUAAUACGAAACUUUUUUUAAUUCUUAUAAAAAUCUGCUUAAGAAAUUAUUUCAAAAAUCUUUGGUGGUGAGGU